CUAAUACAAACCGUUUCCAAAAACUGAAAGGAACACUUCCAUCAGGCAGAAAUACUGAACGAAUGAAAAGUAAAGCAAUGUGGGAGAUCAUACGCAAAUUUUUUAAAUCAACGAAGAAGAAUGAACAACAAAUGAACACCGACAUGACUGUACAAGAUUUUUCUCCUAGACUGCGCCAGUGCUAUGUAGCUCUUGGGGUAGUUCUGAUAUCCAUAAGCCUAGGCAUGGUCGAAGGAUAUUCAGCCAUCCUCCUUCCUCAACUAGAAAAAGAGGGAAAGAUGACCAUAGACUAUGAAAUGUCCUCUUGGAUAGCCUCAAUAGCAACCCUUCCAACGCCUUUAGGAUGUGCCCUAGGCGGGCUAUUAAUGGAAACCAUCGGAAGAAAAACCAUCCACAUGGUGGUGUGUGUACCUUGCCUCGUAGGGUGGGUACUGUUGUAUUUUUCAACCACCACAACGCACCUUUUGAUAGGGAGGUUCACCACUGGGAUAUGCCUAGGAAUUUUAGGACCACCUUCAGGCGUUUACACUGCCGAAACGUCUGACCCCGAAUUCAGGGGGUUCCUCCUGGGAGCCAUUUCUUUCGCGAUAACUUUAGGAGUCGUCAUUGCUCACGUCUUAGGAACGUUCAUCAGCUGGCAAAAUACCGCUCUCAUAGGCUGCAUUUUCCCGAUAGCCUGUUUGGUGGUUAUGAUCCAAGCUCCAGAGUCUCCUACGUUCCUAGCUAAAAAGUCAAAGAUCUCUGCGGCUAAAGCGGCUUUUUACUGGUGUCGUGGCUAUGGAGAAGCGGCCGAGGCAGAACUACAGGAGUUGCUAACAAGACAAACUGCACUAGCGGGACUACCGAGGAAGAGUAUUAUGGAUUAUGUAAAAAAUUUACAGCAAAGGGAGUUCCUGAAGCCUCUCUCUAUAACCGUAGUUUUAUUCUUUACUCUCCAAUGGACUGGAAUCAACGCUAUGACCUUUUACAACAUAGAAAUAGUGAAGCUGACGCUUGGCGACUCUUUAGACGUGUACACUUCUAUGAUCAUAAUGGACAUCAUUAGACUCGCUACUUCUGUUUUAGCUUGCUACCUUAUGAAGGUAAUCGGUCGUAGACCGCACAUACUUUUGAGCAGCAUAGGAACAACGCUUUCUCUUUUCACCUUAAGUGGUUUUUCGUUUGGUGUCAACUACUGGCCGGAUUUGAGGAACUAUUCGAUUUAUGCAUUGGUAGUUUUGAUUGUUUACAUGGCCUUUGUGACUGUCGGACUCUUUUCCAUCCCCUGGGCUAUGAUGGGGGAACUUUUUCCUCUAGCACAUCGCGGCUUAGGCAGCGGUUUGUCAUCUCUUAUAAAUUACGCCUUCAUUUUUUCCGUAGUGAAACCCACGCCGUGGUUGCUAUUAAACUUCGGCACGGAAGGCACCUUUCUGUUGUUCGGGGUUGUAGGUUUUAUGGGAAGUGUGGUACUGGGUAUAUUUUUACCGGAAACAAAGAACAAACCACUCCAUGAGAUCGAAGAUGGUUUUAAAAAAGACGUUGAAACAUAAAUUUUGUUGUAAUUUGAAUAUAUCUUUAUAUAAAU